UCACACUUGCUGGAAACCGCAGCAGUUUCUUCUCCCGUCAGUCAGCUGCCCUGUUCUUCAUGCGUCUGUCCUCAGUGUGCCUCCUCUUACUCUCCCCCUGGAAUUCUUUGGUCAAGCUAACCGAGACAGGAAUUAGGGUGAAUUGAAAGAUAAACCUGUGGAACGUAUCUGCCCCGUUCUGCCUUGGAAAGCAGGAAAUACCACGUGAGGGAUACAUCACGUUGGACAACAGAAACCACAGCGAGUCCCGCGAAAGAUAAUUACAGAAUGAACCGGUACAAGAACAAAGCACUGAACCUGGAGGAGAUGCGCAGGAGGAGAGAGGAAGAGGGAAUCCAGCUGAGAAAACAGAAACGAGAACAGCAGCUCUUCAAGAGGAGAAACGUGGAGAUGCUGAAUGACGAGGCGGGAGUGUUCGACAGUCCUCUGAUGGACUCCUUCGUCAGCUCCACCACACCUGGGGAGGGAGUCAUCACAAGAGACAUGGUGGAGAUGCUCUUUUCAGAGGACCCUGAGCUCCAGCUCUCAACAACUCAGAAAUUCAGAAAGCUGCUGUCGAAAGAACCCAACCCGCCAAUCGAUGAAGUUAUCAACACACCGGGGGUUGUGGAGCGGUUUGUGGAGUUUCUGAAAAAAAGUGUCAACUGCACAUUACAGUUUGAAGCUGCCUGGGCUUUGACAAAUAUUGCGUCUGGAACCUCGCAGCAGACCAAGAUCGUGAUUGAGGCGGGGGCUGUGCCCAUCUUCAUUGAGCUGCUCAACUCGGACUUCGAGGACGUGCAGGAACAGGCCGUGUGGGCUCUAGGAAACAUCGCAGGAGACAGCGCAGUGUGUAGAGACUACGUACUGAGCUGCAACAUCCUUCCACCACUAUUAAUGUUGCUGACCAAAUCUACCCGGCUGACGAUGACCAGGAACGCAGUCUGGGCCCUCUCUAACUUGUGCAGGGGGAAGAGCCCGCCCCCGGACUUUGAGAAGGUGUCCCCCUGUCUGCCGGUCCUGUCCAGACUCCUGUUCAGCAGCGACCCGGAUUUGCUCGCCGACGCGUGCUGGGCCUUGUCCUACCUCUCCGAUGGGCCCAAUGAGAAGAUCCAGGCCGUGAUUGACUCGGGGGUGUGCAGGAGACUGGUGGAGCUGUUGAUGCACACAGACUACAAAGUGGCUUCCCCGGCUCUGAGAGCUGUAGGGAAUAUUGUGACAGGAGACGACAUCCAGACACAGGUGGUCUUGAACUGCUCAGCCCUGCCCUGUCUCUUGCACCUCUUGAGCAGCCCCAAGGAGUCCAUCCGUAAAGAAGCCUGCUGGACCAUCUCCAACAUCACAGCAGGAAACAGAGCACAGAUACAGGCUGUCAUAGAUGCGAACAUCUUUCCUGUGCUGAUAGACAUACUACAGAAAGCCGAGUUCCGCACGAGAAAAGAGGCUGCCUGGGCGAUCACAAACGCCACAUCGGGGGGAACACCAGAACAGAUCAGGUACCUGGUGAAUCUGGGUUGCAUCAAGCCGCUCUGCGACCUGCUCACUGUCAUGGACUCCAAGAUCGUGCAGGUGGCCCUGAACGGGCUGGAGAACAUCCUGCGGCUCGGCGAGCAGGAAGCCAAGCAGAACGGCACAGGCAUCAACCCCUACUGCGGCCUGAUCGAGGAGGCCUACGGGCUGGACAAGAUCGAGUUCCUGCAGAGCCACGAGAACCAGGAGAUCUACCAGAAGGCCUUCGACCUGAUCGAGCACUACUUCGGCGUGGAAGAGGAGGACGCCAGCCUGGCCCCGCAGGUGGACGCGAGCCAGCAGCAGUACCUCUUCCCCCAGCAGGAGGCCCCGAUGGAGGGCUUCCAGCUCUGACCGCCCUGGCCGAGGGGGAGACACCGAACCGCGCGAAAAAACAAACAAACAAACAAACAAGACCACCGCCGCCGCAAAAGUCAAACUUCAAUAAUUCUCCAAAACACUACGCUGGGCAACCGGGCCUGUGAGGCGCCCGCACACUCCCCCUGCCAGACCCCUAGACCACCAGGGCCUCGGCCCGCGCACGCUGCUUGAGCUCGCCGCUUUCAGAGAGCCGAGGCACCGCGAGGAACCCCAUCCUCCCCGCGCGGCCCCCACAGCGGCCCCGUUUCUUUCUCUUCAGUCGAGUCUCGUGAGAGAAGCCGGCCUCGCCACGUGCCGGUUCUCCACUGAGAGGGGGGGGUUCGGUUGCAAAGCUAAUCCUGAGGGCCUCGGCGCUCCGUGAUGGGGACAGCGUCUGCUCUGAGGCUGGGGGAGGUUUGGCGUAGUUACUCUAAGCAUUAAAACCAGGCAGUUUUUUCCAAGAGAGAUGCUCUUUCCCCAGCCUGACAAGCGGGGGGUAAUGGCAGACUAGACGUUGAGAGAAAAUUGGUGUCUGUGGGUUGAGUACUUUUUACAAUUUCUUUAAGCCACUUUAAGAAAUGGCAUCUUUUCAAAACAUUUUUUUUUGGCAAAUCCAUGUUCAGCAGAUGCAGUGAGCCCGGUUGCUAAUACUCCAGGAGCCAGUAUCCUACUUUCAGACCUUGUGCUUUCUGAAGUAGCUUAAUACGUGUCCUAGAUUUGGCACUGAAUAUCAAUGGCAAAUCAUUUGCUCUUUUGCUACUGAUUCUGAAUGAAAAACAAACUUUUUUUUUCCUUUUUUGGGGGGGAAAUGGUGAAAGACUUGACUUGAUUUGGUUUAAUUUAACUUUUUUUUUUUCUUGAAAGUGACGGUGUGAGGAAGGGUGUGGACAGCAGGUUUGUACUGGGGGGGUGCAGGGUCUUGGCUACCCUGUGAAAGAUUAGAAAGGAAAGCAUCUAUAUAUAUAGGUUAACCGCUAUCCAAAAGCUGGUAAAGUAGUGAUAAAAUG